AUACGAUUUGGCGUUUUGUUUUUGUGCAUAAACAAAAUUUUUUCGGCAAAAUUGGUUAAAAUAUUUUUUUAAAUAAUAUUUACAAAGAAUUAUGGUAUCGGAUAAGUUAAAGGUACUUUACAAUACGGUUCUAUCUCAAACAAUUUCUUCCGAUGGGAAAUGGAUGUUUUACGGAAAUAAUUACGGAGAUCUGUUUGUACAAAAUUUAAGUGAGGGAUGUGAGACUGCAGAUACUGAAUGCUAUUCUUUAAAUCUUGGACCAAUACUGAGUUUAUUAUUUUAUAAAGACUUAAUUUUAGUUGGAACAGAUUCCUUAAUAUCUGCGUAUAAAUGGCUAAAUGAAAAGGUAGAAGUCAACAAAACAUAUUUUCAAAUAGAAAUUAGUGGUUGCGGCGAUAUCAAUUGUAUUUUGUCAGACGAUUCUAAUGACAGCAUAUUUAUUGGAUGUGGGAAUAAUAGCAUUUACCAGAUAUGUGUAAAAUCAAAAACUAUUUUGUUCGAAUUCAAAGGACACACUAAUUACAUUCAUUGUAUUCAGUUAUAUGAAAUAAAUUUGUAUUCUGCUGCUGAAGAUGGUCAAAUAAUUUGUUGGGACAUAAAUACUAAACAGAUUCUGAAGAAAAUUAAACCAUAUAAAGAGCAAAAAUUAUACAGACCAGAAUUUGGGAAUUGGCAAGGGAGUGUUGCCGUAUAUAACGACUGGCUAAUAUGCGGAGGCGGAACGCAGGCUUCGCUUUGGCAUUUACCUUCUUCCGAAAUGAUUCAAGCUUUCCCGUUCCCUGGAAAAAUACAUUAUUGUGAUUUUAUAGAUGAAACUGUAAUGAUAGCUGGCGAGUCAAAAAAUAUUUUAUACUAUGCUUUAAAUGGAGAAGAGGUUGGAAAAAUUGAAAGUGAUUUGCCAGCCAUUUACAAUGUGACGUAUUGUAAAAAAUUAAAUUACAUGGCCAUAUCCGGAGCUGGCAAUAAAGUUAUAAAUAUGAAUGACAUUAGGUACAUAGAUUAUUACAAGGAUUUAUAUAAAUAUUAAAAAUUUUUAAGCAAAUUGUUUUUUUUAACAUGUUAAGGCAUAGAAACAAAAAUUUGUUAACAUGUGCUCUCUGUAAGCAUUCUAAGUAACAAUUUUCGGUUCCACCAACUAGGAACUAUUAAACAUCCUUAUUACGUAUUACAUUAUUUUUUUAAUUACCUUAUGCAUACCUCGCAAAAGGAAAAUAUA